UUUGGGUAUAAAUAAAUUAUUUCAUUUAAAAUAUGGAUUUUCAUUUAAAGAUAUUCAUGUAAUUUGCAUGCAAAAUAGGUCUACCCGAACCAGCGGACAAAAAAUUCAACCCGCGGCAACAAUUCAAAAUUAGCCCAAUUCCGCAGGGAAACCGCGGACCUGGCAACACUUGGCGGGCGUGUUCUGACGGCAAUGUGCACGAGGAGCGCUGACCCCCAAUCGGUCUGAUGUAAAUCACUGCGCUGGCAGAAAUGGAGAGAAGGGGAGGGUGGAGGACACCGGCUACAGCCCUGCCUCCUCUCUGCAUGCGAACACAGCGGAAUAGACACACGGCAGGCAAGCAGGAAGACAGGAGCAUCUCAGGUGCAACAAAGGGACGCAUGGUUCAUCUGCAAGGCGUCAAAUGAAUAAAUGAUUCAUUAAAACAAGUGCUGCUUCCAGAAGAAGAAGAAAAAAACCCGCUUUAAUCGCAUUUGUCCUCGUGUAAAAGCACUGCACAGACAUGGAGCUGGAGCAUUUUGAUGAGCGGGACAAGGCCCAAAGAUAUACCCGAAGGGGCUCAAGAGGAAAUGGACUCCCCAGUCCCACUCAUAGUGCUCACUGCAGCCUGUACCGAACCAGGACACUGCAAGCACUGACCUCAGAAAAGAAGGCCAAGAAGAUUCGUUUCUAUCGCAAUGGGGACCGCUACUUCAAAGGGAUUGUUUUUGCCAUUUCUCAGGAGAGAUUUAGGUCCAUAGAAGCACUCCUGGCUGACCUCACACGAUCUCUGUCAGACAAUGUCAACUUGCCACAAGGGGUGCGGACCAUAUAUACGAUUGAUGGGACAACAAAGAUCACCUGCAUGGACCAGCUGGUGGAAGGGGAUAGCUAUGUUUGUGCAUCCAUUGAGCCCUACAAGCUGAUGGACUACACAAAGAAUGUAAAUCCCAACUGGGCAGUUGGUGCUUUGACUGCUCUGUCCAUCCGGGACCCUUCUUCCCUCGGUAGUGCAAAGGCUGGAUCCCCGGAGACCAGGGAGAGCAAGGACUUUAUUAAGCCUAAACUGGUAACCAUUGUCCGCAGUGGAGUAAAGCCUCGCAAGGCUGUACGGAUCUUGCUCAACAAGAAGACUGCCCACUCCUUUGAGCAAGUCAUGACUGACAUCACAGAAGCCAUCCAGCUGGAAUCUGGAGCUGUCAAAAGGUUAUAUACUGUUGAUGGCAAAAUGGUGACCUGCCUUCAGGACUUUUUUGGGAUGGAUGAUAUCUUCUUUGCCUGUGGCCCUGAGAAGUUCCGUUAUCAGGAUGACUUCAACUUGGAUGAAAGUGUGUGCAGGGUAGCCAAGUCUGCAUCAUAUGGCCGACUCCCCUCCGUGCAGGGUCUCUCCUCGCCAAUAGUUGGUGGGAUGUCCCGCAGAAGCAAGUCCCCGUCAUCCACUGGUUCAGCUAAUGGCACUUUAAGCAGUCAGCUGUCCACACAUCGGAAGUCUCCGAGCCCCUCUCCGACCAGUCCAGCUAGCCUCCGAAGACGACGGGGAUCUCAACAAAGUGGCUCUUCACUCUCUUUAGCGUCUACCAAGGUGUGCAGCUCAAUGGAUGAAGGAGAUGGGCCUGGCAGUGAAGCUGAGCCAAUAGAUGAGUACCUCUCAGUGCCUGCGUCCAUAGCAGAGAGGUACAAAGUAGGGAGGACUUUAGGGGACGGAAACUUUGCUGUGGUCCGAGAGUGUGUGGAGAGAUCCACUGGAAGAGAGUACGCUCUGAAAAUCAUCAACAAAGAUAAAUGCAGGGGAAAGGAGCACAUGAUCCAGAGUGAAGUGUCAAUCCUUCGGCACGUGAAACAUCCCAACAUCGUACUUUUAAUCGAGGAAAUGGACACCGAUAGUGAACUCUAUCUUGUAAUGGAGUUGGUUAAGGGGGGCGAUCUCUUUGAUGCAAUCAUCUCCUCAAACAAAUACACAGAGCGAGAUGCCAGCUGUAUGCUGUUCAAUCUGGCAAGUGCCAUUAAGUACCUGCACAGCCUCAAUAUUGUCCACAGAGACAUAAAACCAGAAAACCUGUUGGUGUUUGAACACCAUGAUGGUAGUAAGUCUCUGAAGCUAGGUGAUUUUGGCUUGGCCACUGUUGUCAACGAGCCCCUCUAUACUGUGUGUGGCACACCCACCUAUGUAGCACCAGAGAUUGUCGCUGAGACCGGGUAUGGCCUCAAGGUUGACAUUUGGGCAGCUGGUGUCAUCACUUACAUACUGUUGUGUGGCUUUCCUCCUUUCAGUGGCAGUGGUGAAGAUCAAGAGUCUCUCUUUGAACACCUUUUGAAUGCCAAGCUUGAUUUCCCUGCAGCAUACUGGGACAGUGUUUCUGACCCUGCCAAGGAUCUAAUCACUGGAAUGCUGCAGGUAGAUGUGGAUCAGAGAUACACGGCUGUACAGGUGCUUGAUCACCGCUGGGUCAAUGAUGAUGGCGUGUCAGAGAACAAGCCCCAGCUGCCUGUGGCUGGGAAGAUCAAAAAGCACUUCAAUACCGGGCCCAAGCUCAGCAGCACCACUGCAGGAGUGUUAGUCAUUACAACCACGCCACUUGAUAAGGAGAAGCAAGUUUUCCAACGAAGACGCCACCAGGAUGUCGGUGCCGGCUCCUCCCGCAUUGCCAACCCCAUCGACUCCGCCGCUCAGUUUACCUCUGAGGAAUAUUCUCCAAGUUCGGCUGACGCUGUUCAUUCACCCACUUCUCAAUUCUAACAGUCUCCCAGAGGCCACAGCCCACAUCUCCCCCUCUGGGAGUGGGAGAAGGUGGAGUGUAAAAACGGAAAGACCCAACAUUGGAUUCAGUCUGCUGAC